AUGUGUCAGAGACUGAAACUGAUGAGCGAAGACAAUAAAUGGCGUAUUCCCAUGGUAUCGGGACUUUUCGCCUUUACAUUGGGCCUUUCAUGUUUCGGUGUCGCAUUUAAGUUAUCAGAAUACGAGGAAAGCCUCAGUCUACCACCAAUGCUUGCAGGAGUACCGGUAAGCAACACAAACAAGAAACAGCAUGACUAAAUAAGUUUGUUAAGACGUAUCACACAAACAGAUUAUGACAUUUGAAUCAUUUAGUUUAUAGUAGAUGUAUUUCUUACUCUCACAUGUAUUACUGAUAUUGCAUCUUGCUGGUUUUGUUUAAAACUGUUUGAGUUUGAACUAAUAACAGCAGUGCUUUUCAUUCGUCUCUUGAACUAAAAAAUGAGAUCUCAAACUGUACGUAUUCACAAGUCAGUAUGUUUAAUGAAAGGGCCAAGGCAAAACUACAUUUUCAUGCAUCCGUGAUCAUGAUCAGUCUUGACGUCGAAAACAUCACUUUAUUGUAAUGAAUUGUGGACGGAUACUACAGUCACUAUACACUGCAAAAAGGAAUCAUAGGCCCAGAGUAGAAGCUUCAAACAUCACUGUCUCGAUCUUACAAAGGUUUAUAACGUUCAUUUGUCAUCCAAUGCUUUUGUUUUUCUACUCUUCAAAAGCAAUAAAAUAUGUCUGUUAUUGUUAGUGAUAGCGCAUCUUAUGAAGGGGCAAAUAAUAUCAGCUUCGUCAAGAGGCUUAAAUUGGGAAAAUCACCAGUAAUAUUAGCAGAACUAAAAAACAACAAUGACUCGGCACUUCUCGCUUGUUAUUCAUUUGGUCACCAUUGUUAUUAUCAUUUUUCGUUUUUAGAUAUUAAUCGCUGGAAUUUCCGGCAUGGUAGGAGGACGAAUGCGAAAGAACUGUAUGGUAAGCGAGAAAAGCAAUGGUCACGAGUCAAACCUCGUCAGCAGAUAGCGCAAUAAUUGAUCAUGGUCAUGAAACCGAAACCACAUGCUCUGAUCAGUUAAUAACGAGCAAACUUUUAAGCUUCCCUACCAAUGUUUUUUUUUUCAUGCUUUAGAAUUAUCAUCAUCAUGAUAAUUAUCACCAAAAAUUAGAGGGUAAUUAGUAUAUCGGUUAUCAACAGGAACUACCAUACCUCAUCUAUGGUAUAUUUAGGUAAGUAUAGGCAUUGAGAAAUUUGCUGCUGCCAGAAUCCAGAGCGUGCUAUACAUAUUACACCAGCUCUUGAGAAAUUGGCUGGUUCUCCUCCUACAGAAGCAACUCCAGGUCAUGGAUGCCUGAAUAACAUGUUUUGUACCUAUAUUCCCUCUAAUAAUGUUCAAAAGUUUAAAACUGCAGGUAGACCCAUAGUGAUCAUUUUUUUUUUACCCCGGUGUUAGCACCUAACUCACUCAGUUAUCAGACUAAAAGAUGUACUUUAGAAGAAUUCACAGGGACAACAGAGAGCAAACUUUUAAGCUUCAUGCAUAAACUGCAUGGCGUUUUAUUUUGGUGCAUUUCUUAUCUUUCCACAGAUUUCUCUUCAUUUGGUGUUUUGUUUAAUAGCCGGAGUACUUGGUCUACAUCUCACCUUCAUAUUCCUUGGAAGGGAAGCUAAGUCAAGAGAGAUCUACAAAGUCAAAUGUCAGUCUCAAUUUAAAGGAGCACGUAAGUUAUCUUCUAAUCAGUUCAUUCGUAGUACGCCGUCAAUUUCCACUCAGAUUUCUGGCCCCCUGGGCUAUUCCCUCCAACAAUUUGGACCCAUGCAAAUUCUGUACAUGUGCUUCAUCAUGUUCCUCCUAAUUUACAGGACGUUGUAUCCACGAAAUGCAGAGAAAUAAGUACGUGGUCGCAUCCAGCUAUAAGCUGUGUUCAAUCUCAAACCAAGAUCACUUAAAAUCAGUCCCUUCACGAGCAUUUUGAAUCCAAUGCUUACAUCUUUUGAAAAGUGUAGUAUUUCUCUCAGCCAAUCAGAGCUACACAACUACUGAUUCUCAGUGCAUAGUAAAAGCUUCUAAAAAGUAUACCUAUAUUUCGGGAGCUAUUCAGCAAUCGCAAGCCCAUUCUCUGCUUUGCAGUAGACGGACAAUUCUCAGACUGAACUGUUAAUUCUUUCUUAUAUGUCUAUCUCUUUAUAUAGACUACUGUCAUAGAUAUGCGGCGACCGUUGGUAUGACAGUGUUAGCAAUGUUGCCGUUUGCACUGACUCCGUUGGGAAUUCUGUCAUAUGCUGUCACUAGACGUUUGACAUCAAGAUAUAACGUGAACGAAGAGGAGGAGGUACGACACAGUUAUUUAAUUCUAUGAGAAUGAGUUGGGUCUUUGAUCCAGUUUUCACACCUGGUUUAAUUUAGUCAACUAGUUACUUCUCAGUGAUCGAUACUAAAAGACAUUAUUCGUCCCAUGUAAGGGAAAGCGGAUUCCGGUAUCCGGGAAAUUUUUGGUUGUGGGAUCCAGGAUCCUGUGAUUCAUCCGGAAUACAGUUCAAGCAAUUCGGAUCCCGCUAACGAUUAGAAUUCAGAAUUCAAGUUCCACUGACAAAGACUGGAAUAGAGUAACUGGAAUCCGGGAUUCACGGCGCGGAAUCCAGAAUCUAAGACUGUCUUGGAGUCCCUUUUAUUGAGCGAUAUUAUUCAUUGUGAAGUAAACAAUUGUUGUUUUUGUUAGUUAGCCCUGGCAUUGGCUGUUCGGUAGGUCAUUUUGCUUUGGUAAAUUACGAACAUAUUCUUUAAGCCAUGACACUGAAGAUGUUAAGUUUUCCUGAUCCUCUUUAUUGUCUUCAUUAGUUGAAAGAUCACUAACACGAUAGCAAACUGUUAUCUACGGCAUUAUUAAACCUUGUUUUAUUAUUAUUUGAAAGGGGGAAGACACCUCAACCUUAGAUCAGCAUGGAGACCAAGAAUCAACAAUGAGCAAAAUGGAGGGACGCCUCUCAUCUCCAACCAUAGACUCAGAAGCUACUACCGAAUCGAAAAACAAAGGCAAGCUCCUGAUCAAGCAGUAUAACAAUAACAACUGUAAUAACUCAUCACCUCCAUCCAGUUACAGGGAAUCUUCAAGACUUGUGCUUGAUAAUCAGUCACACGGCGAAAACGGCCAAUGGCCAAGUUGUCAAGUUAGUGACAACGCAAUUCCUGGAAACCAUGGACUUCAAAAGCAACUAAGCAAUGGUGAGGCAAAAUUUAGAAAACAGGGGUCUUGCAGCCAGCCGCCUUCUAGUCACGUGGCCAGCAGAGACCACCUUGUAGGCCGAGACUGCUUACAAGGCUAUGAACCACAAAGGAAUCAGUCAUCUAACGAGGAGGCACAAAUUAACCAGCUACCUAGAAACCAACGACGAACAAAUCAAGAGCGAGGAAAACACAAACCCUCCAACCACCUGGUGGAGAAGCAGGUAUCUAGAUACAAGCCGCGUACAAUGGUCCUCGACACGUUAUUGUGCCGAUUAUUGGUCUGA